AUGGACCAAGGUAUCAUCCACUGUAUCAAGAGGUAUGUAUUAUCAGAGAAAAUGUUGUAUGCGCUCGACCAAAUAGGAGAAGGAGUAGAUGAGCCUUAUAAGGUUGACAUUCUUACCGCUUUGAUGUGGUGUGAGAACGCCUGGUUGAAGGUUACUGCUGAUACCAUACAGCAUUGCUGGUAUCACUCGGGUCUUAUUAACAAGACCGCCAUCAAUUUCUUGACGAACUAA